AUGGAUACCGCUGGUAAAGCUUUUGAAGCCCUUCAAGCAGGGAAGAAAGCCAUCAAGCAAGGCCGCGAACUACAUGGCAGAGUACAAGAAGGUUAUGGUAGAGCAGGGGAAGUCCAUGGUAAAACCAUGGAAAUCAAGCAACAAGCUGAGAAGUUCGGCAUAACAUUACCCAAAGACGCAUCAAGUCUUCCGAAAAACCGUGCCGAAUUUCAAAAAGAAGCAAAAGGCUAUGCACGAGGUUGCUUUUGUGGAUUUUGGGAAAUAUUUAAGGCUGAAACCAAGAAAUAUAUUACAUAUGUUCUUUCUCUUCUGGUCUUUGCCUUCAUCGCUAUAGGACUUGUUUCUUUUCUCAUUGCUGUGCUUUCGCAUCAUCCACAUUUGCAACUUUUCACGUUAACGACAAGGGCAAUGACGUCUAAUAAUACGAAAGGAGACUUAGUUGCAAUGGAUGGCGAGAGCGUGGAUUACAAGAUCUAUCCAUUGCAUUACUGUGUUUCUGGUCUUACUACGAAGGCUGAGGAGCAGUUUAAAAUGACAAAUGGUUGUCAUCCAUCAAAGCAAGCCACACUCCUCGCCACCGCAGUCCUCCAAACACUACUCGCUUACCACACCAUCCACAUUCUGAAGCACGAUAUCAACCUCAGCACCUCCAGCCUCGACAUUACCCUAAAAACCGGCAUCCUCUACAUCAUCCUCGCCCACUUCUUUUGGUGCACCCUUCUCUUCAAUCUUAUUCUUUUCCGCCUCAUAGACUGGCUUCGAAAUAGGAGAAAAACGAGGAAACUUCGUCAAACUCAAGAUAAUUACCAGGCUCAUAAUAUCAAGGCUUUCGAUGAAUCAGCUCAUGAUGGUCACUAUGUGGCUGGAGUUACAUGGGGGAAGAGAGAUUUGGUAAUGUAUAAUUAG